AUGGAGAACGUGGAUCUCGUCGUAGUAGGCGCAGGUUGGGCCGGGCUCUCCGCCGUCAAGACCUAUCGCGAGGUCAACCCUGAGCAUAAUGUGCUCUUAUUAGAAGCUGCCGACUCCAUCGGUGGAGUAUGGGCCAAACAACGGUUGUACAAAGGUCUCAAGUCGAAUAAUAUGCUGGGCACAUAUGAAUACAGCGACUUCCCAAUGGAUGAAGCGACAUUUGGCGUCAAGCCUGGAGAACAUAUUCCCGGUCAUGUAAUUCACCAGUACCUGACGGCGUAUGCGCAGCACUUUGGCUUCACCGAAUGCAUUCGAUUGGAUCACCGCGUGGAGAGCGCACGUCACAAUCCGAAUGGGACUUGGCAAUUGAGUGUGUCACACGGAGGGGACACAAAGACCAUUGGUAGCAAGAAGAUGAUCGUAGCCACCGGUACUACAUCACAAGCAUAUUUGCCGACAUUCGAAGGCCAGGAAUCUUUCGGUGCGCCGCUUUUCCACUGUCGCGAUUUGUUACAGUAUCAAGAUGCAGUGUUGCAACCCGGGGAGCGCGCCACUGUGUUCGGCGGCACCAAGUCGGGCUGGGAUGCAGCCUAUGCUUGCGGAGCGGCUGGUAUGAAAGUAGACUGGAUCAUUCGAGAAUCCGGUCACGGUCCUGCUUGGAUGGCACCUCCAUAUGUGACCCCGCUAAAGAAAUGGUUGGAAAAGCUGGUCACUACACGUUUUUUGACCUGGUUCAGUGCGUGUAUCUGGGGGCCAGCUGAUGGAUAUUCUGGAAUCCGCGGGCUUUUGCAUGGUACCUGGCUGGGUCGUAAAAUUGUGGACGCGUUCUGGGCACUUCUGGCCAAUGAUGUUAUUCAGCUCAAUGCCUACGACAAACAUCCAGAGACGAAGAAAUUAAAGCCAUGGGUGAACCCAUUUUGGAUCGCUUCGUCGCUUAGUAUCCUGAACUAUCCGACUGAUUUCUUCGAUCUAGUCAAGGAUGGCACCAUCAAGGUGUAUAUCGCUGAUCUAGAACGUCUCUCAGACCACGCUGUGCAUCUUUCGUCGGGCGAGAAACUGCCAUCUUCAGCGUUGAUCUGCUCGACAGGCUGGCGUUGUAUUCCAAACCUCAAAUUUCUGCCAGAAGGCAUUGAUCGCGAGUUAGGAUUACCUUGGAGUGCAGACCCAAUCAAUGAGAAAACGGUGAAGGCUGCUGAUGAAGAAAUCCUGCGCCGAUUCCCCCGACUUCGCGAUCAACCAUGUCCGAACCCUCGCUUUCAGCCCUUGAGUGCCCAGUCUGAGGCAGCUGUACUGCACCCCUUCCGACUGGCGAAGUUUAUGGUCCCACUUUCGCUAGUCCAUGAGCGAUCUCUGGCAUUCGUAGGCAUUACCAUGUCCAUCAGCACGACUUUGAUCGCCCAGACCCAAGCCCUGUGGAUCUCGGCUUAUUUCGGCGGUGCUUUGACGCCUAGUACGCGCGAAAUCUGUCCACCCGCUGUGCAUGCCGCAAUGGAUCUCAAGAUAGAAGAUACAUCACAGGUUGACCUUACCUGGGAGACAGCUCUUUAUACUGAAUUUGGCAAAUAUCGCUAUCCGGCUGGAUUCGGACGACGAAAUCCCGAUUUCGUGUUUGAUGCAAUCCCGUACGUUGAUCUGAUGUUGCGAGAAUUAGGUCUAUCGCCCGAGCGCAAGCAGGGCUUCUUUGCUCGAUGCUUCCAGCCAUAUGGUGUGGAGGACUAUCGGGGAUUGGUCGAUGAGUGGAAAAUCAAGCAACGUGCUCACUACGGGUGA